GGCCAUGCCAUGCCGGACUCACGUUGCACUUAUGUGUCAAGCGCCUCUGAAUCAUGACGUUUUGGAUGCGUAACUGGGAAAUAAGGUGGAAAAAAUAAAUUAAUAAUCGCUUUGAGGACCUUCAAGUUUUGGAUGUCAACGCUAAGACAAACGUGGAUCUAUAAAAGGCUACUUCAAUGUUGGUGAUUGCAUUUACGAGGCGUAAUUGAAUGCACCGUAACAAGCCGUGUAGACGCGCAACAAACGUUGAGGAACUCUAAACAGCGACGAUGACGUGACCGCGGUAACACAAACAAGAGACUUCAAGACCGACUGUCACAUCCAGGAUUCAACAUCUACCUUCUUUAAUGUUCAUCUACCUUCCCCACGUGGAACCUGCUCCUUCUGGUGAACAUGUGAAGACACUUUUUGACAAGUUGGACUGGACAACAUGCUAUUAAUGUGUGACCGGAGUGCGGUGAUGUCAGGAGGCGACGGCAGUCCACAUGGGGAGGAGCCUGCUCUGCCGCCAUCCCCAGCAGCGGCUGAAGGGGGAGAGAGGAUGCCUUCAGGGCACUGGGAGCGACUGGUACCGACCAACUGCCUUGUGGGAGGAGAGAGCGGAGCUAUGAGAGAAGAAGCGGGGCAGGAAGAUGAGGAGAUGAUGAGCAGCUCACAUGAUCUUUCAGCCAAUCAGAGCCCUGAGAGUGCCACGGGAUCCUCCUCAUCGUUCACUAAAAGUGAGCAUGCAGGUAGUGGCAGAGGGCGGGACCACAGAGAAAUGAUGACCACUGUCGCUGAGAUGAAAAAGAGGCUUCCAUCAGACAAACGUAGCCGCAGCAAAGCCAGCACCGUGGAGGCUUUAAGUUACGCUCUCAACUGUGUCAAGCAAGUUCAAGCCAACAGCGACUACUACAAACUGCUCAUGCGAAAUGGUCAGGAUCAGAGGAAAGACGCCACUGUCUGCACUCUGGAAGAACUACAGAGAGUCACUUCUGAGCACAAUCUGAAGAAUACGGAUUCGUUCGUCAUGGUUUUCUCCCUGUCGAGCGGUGGAGUGCUGCACUUGUCGGAGCAGGCUCCCAGCUUACUGUGCUGCAAGAGGAGGCACCUAGAGUCUGCGAAGUUUGUGGAGCUGCUCUUCCACCAAGAUGUCAAUGUCUUCUACUCACACACGGCGCAGCCACAUUUGCCGCCAUGGAGCAACUCGCACUCGGCUGGAGUUUUGUUUGACAGUGCUCAGGUCAAGUCCUUCUUCUGCAGGAUAAGGGGCAGCAAGGAUCGUGACGGGGAGAUGCGGUACAACCCGUUUCGGAUCACACCCUACCAGCUGAAGGUGCAGGGAGCAGGGGAGGAGGAGGAGCCGUGCUGCCUGGCACUAGCUGAACGCAUCAUCUCUGGAUAUGAAGCACCUCGGAUUCCCAUGGACAAGCGUAUCUUCACUACAACCCACUCACCUGGCUGUAUAUUCCUGGAAGUUGAUGACAGGGCUGUGCCUUUACUGGGAUACCUUCCUCAGGACCUGAUUGGCACAUCGUUGCUGACCUGCAUCCACCCAGAGGACCGUGGCCUCAUGCUGUCCAUGCAUAAGAAAGUGUUAAAGUACGCCGGCCAGCCUCCGUUUGAGCACUCUCCGGUGCGUCUGCGCUGUCAGAACGGAGACUACAUCACCUUGGACACCAGCUGGUCCAGCUUCAUCAACCCUUGGAGCCGAAAGGUGGCCUUCGUUAUCGGACGGCACAAAGUCAGAACGAGUCCUCUGAAUGAGGAUGUGUUUGCCGCUCAGACGACGAAAGACGUUCCAGUCACUUAUGAAGAAAUUAAAGAUCUUCAAGCAAAAAUCUAUAAGCUUUUCCUGCAGCCGGUCCACAACAAUGGCUCCAGCGGUUACGGUAGUUUGGGGAGUAACGGCUCUCAUGAGCACUACAUCAGCUUUACCUCAUCGAGUGACAGCAAUGGUAAUCUGUGGGAGGACUCGCACCGGGAGCCGAUGACACUGCAGCAGAUAUGUGCUGAUGUAAACCGAGCAAAGGCUUGGGGCCGACAGACGUGUCCAGAUUCCAGUCACAAAAAUACUUCUGGCAAACCCACCUCAGUACCUCAGCCCACCUCAGCCUCCAACCUCGAGACCAGAGGGAACGGUGACAGCAGGAAGCAAACACACAUCCCCUCCUAUCAGCAAAUCAACUGUGUGGACAAUAUCAUCAGAUACUUGGAGGGCUGUGCAGGUCAAGUCCUAAAGCGGAAGAGCGAGUCUCGUUCGUUGGCCACCUCUUCAUCCUCAUCCUCUACUUCAGAAGACGACAAACCCGCAGGUGCCGUCGACAUGGCUCAAACCAGCUCCGAAGAGGCCACAGCACCAGAAGACGCCCCGAUGGGCAGCGAGCCUGCCGACGUUGCUGUGACCUCUGUCCGUCCAGCCCCAAGCCCUGCCACAGAGGAAAGAAGGUUUGUAGGUCUCACCAAGGAGGUGCUGUCAGCUCACACCCAGAAAGAGGAACAAGAAUAUGUGGAUCGAUUCCGUCAUCGCAUCCUUCAAAGUCCUUACAGCUCCUAUCUGCAGCUGGAAAAUAGCUCAAUGGCUCACUCCUACCACCCAGGAGACUACCUUCGCCCAGUAAGUGCUAGACGUUGGAAUCGCUCCCGAAGAGGAAAGUUCAGGCACAAGCGACCCAAACCCCAGGGUUCCUCAGACAGCUAUGCCUCUCCAGCUGCGCCCCCAUACCGGGUUCCUGACUCCUCCUGGCCCUCCUCAGAGUCCUCGCACCCCCACAUGGCAGAAGCGCACUGCCGAACAUCCCCGCUCCAGGUCCCGUUCUUCCCUGUCAUGGGAAAGCCUGGCGCUGAGCAGCUGCCCCCACCUCAGCAGCUGCCUGGAGCAACUCCUGCAGCGUUGCAGCCUCCAGACCAGCUCAGCUACAACUUUAACAUCAUGCAGUUGGGUCAGAGCCAGCCAGGCCCACAACCAGUUCAAAUGGAGCCCCCGCAGAAUGUCCAGAACUUGUACAACUUAAAUACAAUGACUUCAGCUCAGAGUGUUAACCCUUACAUGGCUCCUGUCAUGGCAGUCAUCCUACCCAACUAUCCAACUUUUACUCCAGGCUUUCCCUCUAUUUAUCUACCACCCGUUUCCUCCGCAGUACCCCAAGCACCCAACAUUAUGACAGGGUUUGCACCUGACAGUGCCUCUUUUGUUCAGCCUCAAUUCCAAGCCCAGCCGACCCCCCACACUCAGACUUCGCCCGGCCUUCUGUGCUCACAGAGAGCUAGCUCUGUCGGGGAAGAAGAAGAAGCAGCUGAGCCUCGGGCUUUAUUCUCCAGCUCUCGCUCAAGUUCCCCCUUACAGCUCAACCUGCUACAGGAGGAACUUCCCAAACUGGGUGAGGGGCACGGCAGCACUGGACACAACCACUCUGAAAGCCUCCAUGAACAUGCCACUGAGGCCGAUGCUCCCUGUGAAUCCAGCAAUCACGAUGCCCAGUCUACAUCCAGUGAGCUGUUGGACCUCCUGCUGCAAGAGGAUGCCAGGUCAGGAACUGGCUCCAAUGCCUCAGGUUCUGGAUCAGGAGAGACUGGGUCAAUGGGAUCUGGCUCUGGCUCCAAUGGCAGCAGCAACAGCAGCAAGUACUUUGCCAGCAACGACUCGUCAGACACGUCAAGAAAAGCUCGUAAGAGUCAUGAGGCGCCGGCGGAGCUCAAACGCAGUUUCGACACUCGAGUGGAGAACUCCCUGUGGAGCAUGAUCCAGCACACACCUGAGCAUGUCAUGAUGACGUACCAGAUACACCCCAGGGACCAUAGUGAGGUGUUGGCAGAAGACCAAGAGAAGCUCCGAGUGCUUCAGCCGCUCCAACCCUGGUUCACACAAGAGCAGAGAGAGGAGCUGGCUGAGGUCCAUCCUUGGAUUAAGCAGCACACCAUCCCACAGGAAAUAGACACGCAGGGCUGCGUGAGCUGCAGUUCAGGACCAGCCAUGGCCCGCUCCUCUCAGCCUCCCGUCUUAAACGGUUCAGCACCUGUAGAAGGCCUUCAGCAGGACUCCAUCGGACCUGUGGUUAACACCUAAAGAGACGCGGCACCUCAAUCAGCCGUUACACAGCUCAGCAGUGAACAAGUCAGAAACCUCAGCACCUGCUAUACAUCUUAUUUGACCCAUCUGGAGAAAGUGGAGCUCUGCUCUUUAGGCUAAGGGUUAAUGUUCUGUACAAUCAUCGGGGACUAGAGCCCAGCCUAAACAAAAAAGUGGGGAAGAGACAAACCGUACAUGUUACUGCCAUUUUCUGUUUAAUGUGGCUGAAUUCACCUCGUUGUUGAUAUUAUACCUCUGUUGUUUAGUGUUAAUAGAGCCCCUGGUGGAGUUUGUCUCCACGUCCUUUGAGGUGUUCCAGAAGGAUCGUUGCUGCCCCUGAACACGAGCACUGUGUAAACACCUGCACUACCUGUUCAGUGCAAGCGUCACUGGGCGAGGAGAUGAAAACUGUUCUGCUGGUUCUUCACCAGCGACACAGUGGACAUAUUGUAGAGUCUGUGCACCGCAUCAACUCCCUCAGCGACACACGGUUACAGUAUAACCCACCAGAACCAAGACACGGUGGGCUAAUUUUGUAUUUGAUCGAAUGGACACUUGCUGCUCUUGCUCGUUUCUAAUGUUCUGGUAAAAACUUGUGAUUUGAGUGUACUUUGUUCUUGUUCCAUAGCUUGAUCUCUUGUCAUUAUCAUGUUGUGUUGACUCGUGGACAGCAGCAAACCACAUGUGUUUUUGCUAAAAACAAGUCGUUGCUAAAAUCCCUAAAAACUAUCGCCACACUUUACCGGUAGCCUUGUUGUGUACAGCCCCAAAUUUCCACUGAUCCCUUUUCUUACUGAAUGAAUUCCCUUUUUAGAUCCAGCAGCUCUUUUUGACUGUGUGUGUAUAUUAGAGGGAGAGAGGUGGAGGAACUGAUUGUCAUUCUGUGAAUGUUGUCACUCUUCUUCUUGUGUCGUCCGGCUGCAGGCGGGCUCGUGGGUGUGAACGAGUGGCCGUCUCCGUCCUUCAAUACACGUGUCCAGCGCAACACCGACCACGUUUUCUAUCAUUUUUAGAUCAAAAGUAUACGACAGUACUGCGUAUUUUAUAGACUAUGUAUUCAAGGCUUACUUCAAAUUGUAUAAAAGAAGCCAUUUUUCUUGAAUUCAGGGACUGUUUGUGACAAAAGAAUGAAUAAAUGACUUAUG